AUGGUGGGUAAACAUCUCGUCACCAAGCAGACUCCCAAGGAAGGCGUCAAGGUGGAAAAGGUGAUGGUGGCUAAAGGUGUGACAAUCAAACGAGAAGCAUACGUGGCAGUGCUCAUGGACAGACAAUCGAAUGGCCCAGUAGUGGUCGCAUCUCCGGCCGGAGGAAUGGACAUUGAAGAUGUUGCCAAAAAGACGCCGGAAUUGAUAUUCAAGGAACCGAUCGAUAUCGAGAAAGGUAUAACUGAUGCGCAGGCUAUGAAAAUCGCAGGAAAAGUUGGAUUCAGUGAAAGCCUUGUGAAAGAUGUAAGCCAAUUAAUUUUGAAAUAUUUUUUCUCUUGC